GACCUCACGAACCCGGAUGUUGUUACCAUACGGCGGCGGCUACCUGCAGGCUAGUCGUCACACUGCCAACCACAAUGAAAUAAACAUAAUCCAUGCUCAUAAUAAUUUACGGAAUCACCAGCUAACAACUCGUCAAAACGAUACAAGAGCCAACGUCAUGUCUCAGGAAAUUCACCAAGCAGAACCCAUGUCCAUCGACUCAAGGCCAAAUAAAGAUGCAGUCCCAAAGGCCAACGCCGCUGGCAAGACCCCAAUUCAGAUUCUUCAUGAGUACGGCGCCAAGCAUGACAAAGUCCCUGUCUACAUGCUGGAGAAAGCCGAAGGCCAGGCCCACCAGCCCAGCUUUGCGUUCAGCGUAACCGUCGGAGAUGUCUACUGCACAGGUAAAGGUCCCAGUAAAAAGACAGCCAAACACAUGGCUGCUGAGCAUGCGCUGCGUAUCCUAGAGAUUGACAUGACAGCCUUGAACCUACAAGUGAAAUCCGAGAGUAACGGUGUUGGAGCAGAAUUAUGCGGACACCCCAACUCAGUGGGCACACUGCAGGAGCUGGCCUUGCAGAGAGGUUGGCGUCUUCCUGAGUACACGUUGCUAUCAGAGACCGGUCCGACGCAUGACCGAAAAUUCACCAUCAGCUGUGCAAUAGAGUCCCUGUCAGAGACGGCUACUGCAUGCUCCAAAAAAGCGGCAAAGAAGGCAGCUGCCGAGAAGAUGGUGGCUAAGCUUCAGAGUCUGUCAGGAUCUUCUCUAAUCACAUGGACACCAAAGCCCAGGGUGCGAUUCGACAAUCUGAAGGGCUCGUCGGCCGAGAAGAUUUCCUCCCUGAGGAGGAACCCGCUGAGUAUUCCCUACACGGAUUACGUUGAGCUGAUGACCGAGCUGUCCAAAGAGCAAAACUUUGACGUCUCCUAUUUAGACAUCGAUGAGUUGACAGCUAACGGUCAGUACCAGUGCCUGGUGGAGCUGUCCACCUCCCCCGUCACCAUUUACCACGGCACGGGCAUUUCUCGCAUUAAUGCGCACAACGCCGCCGCCCACAGCGCACUUCAGUAUAUCAAGAUCAUGGCCUCCACCAACUAAUCCCCACAAACUGGACUGAAAGUUACAUAUUUAACACGGACAAAUCGUAACUAAAACACUUUUUAUCGUGGCCAAAAACACCCUGUAGAGAACAAAAUUAUUGGAAAUAAAUAUACAAAUGCUUAAAAUAGACAAUGCUCGACAAUGCUAAUUAUGCACCCUAUGACCCUUUGUGGGACUGUCGCCCUUUCUAACAUGGCCGCCGUAUUGGGACAUCUCUUACCCAGCUGUAGUACUAGAAAUGUUGAUUGCACUAAAACUUCAGUUGAAGAAAAAAACAAAAAAUAGCAGCAAUAUGUUCAGAGUGACAAAAUGUACACACAACGCACUUACCCAUUUCCACUCCAACCAUGUGUCAAGUCAGAAAAUAAAAUAACGGAAACAA